CGUCGUCGCUGCGGUGCGGGGUAACGAAAACAAAAUUUUACCUCAACCCACGCUGCAAGUCGGUGGCCGUGCGUACGCCAGCAGUAUGUCGUCGGAAAAUAAGUCACCGCUGCUGGAACGUGCCCGUAACAUUGUGCCUCACCUGGAGACGGAACGCCACAAGGGCCAGGCCGGUCGGAUCGGUAUCGUCGGUGGUUCGCUCGAGUACACCGGAGCACCGUACUUUGCGGCAAUCAGCGCGCUGAAGGUGGGCGCGGAUCUGGUGCAUGUGUUCUGUCCGCAGGCCGCCGCCCAGGUGAUCAAAGGCUACAGUCCGGAGCUGAUUGUGCACCCGCUGCUGGACUCAAACAAUGCCAUCAUCCAGAUCGAACCGUGGCUGGAGAGGCUGCAUGUGCUCGUGAUUGGCCCGGGACUCGGCCGGGACCGACUGAUUCUGCAAACGGUGGCCGAACUGAUCCGCAUUUGCCGCCAGCUGCAGAAACCGCUCAUCAUCGACGCGGAUGGACUGUUCCUGAUCACGCAGGAUAUCGGGCUGGUGAAGGAUUAUUACGGAGUGAUACUGACACCGAAUGCUAUCGAGUUUUGUCGGCUGUUUGGCAAGGACCGUGACCAGACGAUGGCAUCCCUUGGGCGGCUCGGAGCGGGCGUGACCGUGAUCGAGAAGGGGCUGAACGAUCGAAUUUAUGAUUCGCUGACGAGCGAAAAGUACGAAUGCCCUCAGGGAGGCUCGGGACGGCGUUGCGGUGGACAGGGCGAUCUGCUGGCCGGGUCACUGGCCACCUUCUACUACUGGGCGCUGGAGUCGAAACAGGAGAUAAGCCCGGCGAUGGUGGCCUGCUUUGCCGCCAGCACACUCACCAAAACGUGCAACAAGUACGCGUUCAAGGCGAAAGGACGCAGCAUGACGUGCAGUGAUAUGAUCGACCAGAUCCAUCAGGUGUUUGAUGAUCUUUUCGAACACAAAAAGGACUAGGGCUGGCGGAACCAGCCCUACCGUGGGCUUCUAUCGGCUGUGGUGGCUUACUUUUGGCGCUACUUCCUUCGUAUCUUAAGGCUCUGAUCGGGGUGAAGGAGAGCACCACACUUCCUUAACUGCGCGCACGAUCAUUACAACGAACCAAACUCGGAGCAACGACCGACACAAAAAAAAUGGGCCAACCCUUGGCAUGGACGGUCUCUACCCAAAGCUGCCAGCAGGAUCUCACGGAAACACAAUCUGGUGAUAAGGGGAAAGGGCGGAAGCUACGUUUUGUAUCAAUGUGCGUGAAAUUCAUCUAACAAAUUAUCACCCUUGUCCAUUA